GCCUCAUCGAGCCGACUAAAGAGAAAACAGUCUCUAUGAGCAGAGGAACACCCUCGAGCUGAGCUGUCUCUGAUUCCUUUUCUUUUUAUUUAUUUAUUUACUCUUCAGCAUGACAAACUGAACACACAGGGGACUUCUCACUCAUCAAGUCUAGUGGAUGCACUUUUGCUAUUCAUGAGUAUUGACAGCCAACGAUAGCUUUUUGCGGCGACUCUGACAGCAGCAGCGGGAUCGGGAUCAUAGCGGAGGAGAGGUUACUGUGUGACACUCACAGACACACACAGACCGACACGCAAACACAGACACGCAAACACACACACAGCGAUCUGACAUUAGCCCGCCUGCUAACGUCAAGCUGCUGCCUGGGAACGAAGUUGGUGUCAAGCAAGGAGGGAAAAGGAGAAUUAAAGUGAAGGGCAGGGUCUGAGAAAUGCUGAGUCGCUCUGAGAGGUUCCUUCAAACCAAGGGAACAGGCAGACAGAGAGCAUGCAGGCAGAGAGAGGAGAUGGAGGCCAGACAGACGGAUGGAUGGAUGGGUGGAUGUCGAGCAGAGAGGAGGUGUGGAGGGCAGUCAGAGACAUGCGGAGACACAAGAGGAAGCAGAAAUGUCCUGUUGCUUUUUCUUACCAUGACAGGAAAGCACCACUCUCAUCCGCUCAUGUAUCUGCUCGUGUCUUGAAUGGAUUAAAGAGUUAAGAUGCGGGCCUGCGUUCUGAAUCAGAUCAACUUUUCUAUGGCGAGGAGCCUUCAUUCCUCAUCGGUGGAGGCCACCAGACAGACGUGCUGCAGCAAACCCCAGGCUGAUCCCUGAGGAGCAUGAGUCAUGACCUCAGUGGUGCUGGUCGACACUGGUGGGACAGUGGUGGAGUAUGUCACGGCCGAAGAGGACCUCCAGCAGGAGGGAGAGUGUGAGGUAGACCUGGACUUAGAGGGAGAGGUGGAAGGUGAAUGUGAAGCUCAGGAGGCUGAUGAAGAAGUGGUGCAGGAGAGAGAGGAGGCUGAUGACUACCCUGCAGUCAUAGUGGAGGAGGUACCUGGAGCCAGCCUGGCAGGGGACCAAGGUUACUCAGCGCAGGUGGUGGUGUAUGAAGAUGAGGCUUACCUGAUGCAGGAAGUGGGCGAUGAGCAAGAGGUGGAGACAGAAGGAGAGGCAGUGGAGGCAUCUGUCCAUGGCACCAGUAUCCACUGCUCUGAUAAGACCUUCGAGGCUGCAGAGGCUCUGCUACGAAUGGAUUCACCUUCCAGUCACAGGGAAGACCGAAGCCCAGAAGCUUUUAUCCCACCAUGCAUCACAACACCAGAUUUUCUUCAUGCUGCCAUGCGUCCUGACAUGAUUGCAGAGACAGAGGUAGAGAUAACCACAGAAGAUUGCUGCGAGGAGGAAGAUGAGGAUAUAGGCACCCUGAUAGAGGAGCCAGAGCACGGCCAUGGACCUGUUAGGAAAAGAAGAGCUGGUCGGAAGCCAAAGACACAUCAGACGUCCAUUUCUAAUGGCUCAUCGGACCUUGGCAUAAAAAAGAAACCAAGAGAAGGAAAAGCAGGGAGCACCACCUACCUUUGGGAAUUUCUGUUGGAUCUUCUCCAGGACAAAAACACCUGUCCCAGGUACAUCAAAUGGACCCAGAGAGAGAAGGGUAUCUUUAAACUGGUUGAUUCAAAGGCUGUGUCCAAGCUGUGGGGAAAACACAAGAACAAGCCUGACAUGAACUAUGAGACCAUGGGGAGGGCGCUCAGAUAUUACUACCAGCGUGGCAUUCUGGCCAAGGUAGAGGGCCAACGGCUGGUUUACCAGUUCAAAGAGAUGCCCAAAAAUAUCGUCAUAAUUGAUGACGACAAGGUAGACUUGCCCACCUCUGAUGAUCUGAUCAGUUCAGAGACCAUAUCUUACGAGCGAGUGAUGCCUUCCCCUGACAUGCUGGCAUCUCCCAAAAAGCCGAACAUCCUGCGAGGCGGGAACAGGGCCAACAUGGUCCAAGCUCCGAUUGCCACAGACAUGAAGGUUGCAGCGGGAGGAGGGACAGCAGGAGUGCAGAGGAUAGUGACUGUUUCAACAGCACCUGAUGGGAGUCAGCAGUCUCAAACGGCUAUCAUCUCUAACCCCCAGGGGCCCAGGACGGUGCGGGUGGCUAUGCAGGUGCCUGUAGUGAUGGCAACAUCACUUGGUCAGAAGAUUUCCACUGUUGCUGUUCAGCAGCCAGCUGGAGCAACAGGAGCAGCCGGGCAUACCACCCUCCUCACAAACACUUCUGCUAUCAGUGCUGCUGCCAACAACGCAAACCCCCAACAGAAGGUCAUGAUACAGACUAUCCCCACCAUGGUCCCAGCCACAGCAGAGAACGGAGACAAGAUCACCGUUCAGUUGGCAAAAAUCAUCACAAUCCCAGCCCACCAGUUAGCUCAGUGUCAGCUCCAGACCACAGGCACACACAAGUCUGGUGUCGGGGCCACUUCUGGCAUCAGCCUCCUUGGGAGCCCUCUAACAGUCCGGGCUUUGGCCCCUGUCAAUGUUGCUCAUGGAACGCAAGUGAUGAGACUCACUGUGCCGACGCAGACGCAACCACAGACUCUAGUGGUGUCGCAGCCAGGCAGCGGGGCAGGGGUGGUGACUGUUUCAACAGCCAAUCAGACGGUGACGGCACAUCCUCGGAUCAUAAGCGGUGUCAUCAACGGAUCAGAGCUAAUGAUGGGAGCAUCAACUGGAGGAGUCACAUUGGAGAAACUGAAGGCCGCAGGACUCCAGGUCCAAGCUGUGCAGGUGCCGAUAAAAAUGGCUGUCCAGCAGAACCCCAAAACCAUCCAGAACAUCCAAUCAGAGCCGAUGGACACUGAGGUGGUUAUCAAACUGGAAACACCAGAUGUGUCAAAGGGAGAAGAGCCUGAGUGUUGAACACUUUACCCCUAACCACUCGUCCCGUCUCUGCCAGAGAGGGUUAGUGUGUACACACAGAGGUCAUUUUUACUCUUUUAUAGCCAGCAGCAGUCGGUGAAACUUAAAAGACUCUUUGUUUUUAGUCCUGAUCCUGCCCUCCUAUCUCUCCUGAUGCUGCUUCGAACUGAGCUUAACCGGUCACCCUCAGAACCACACUGAAACCUCUCUUAGUGUUGUGUACGGGUUCAAACUGUGCUGUGCAACUAAGGAUUACUCAAAGCUUAAAAAUGGACUUUUGGGUUAAGGGAAAGGGACCAACCUUGUUCACUACAUAAUAUGCCUUCUAAACGGAUCGCUGUCACUGACUCAAAUCUCGAAAAAGGAAAGAACCUCAAUAACAAAGAAAGCGGAAACACUACAUAAAGAGACAAAUACAUUAACCAAAAUGUGAACUAUGGAAGAAAAGACAAAGUGGGGUGUGUAAAAAGUUUUUUGUAGAAACCUUUUGUUUAUAACUUUGCCUCCACUGAUGUUAAAACCAGCAACUUUUUUUUACUGAUAUCACUGUGUAGAUCAAGUAUGGGCGGUGCUACAUGAGUCCUUAAGGAGUGAAAGGAAGGGGAGAGUGAAGCUGAGGGAGGUUCUCAACGAGGAACAAUAUCAGACAGAAAACAGUCAUGUUUGUACAUAUAUACAUAUAUAUAUAUAUUAUCUACUAUACAUUUGACGGAGCUAAAGUUAACAGAACAGCCUUAGAUUUUAAUUUUGACUCUCCUUUCUUUGUAAUGUCUAAAGGGUAAUGAUUUUUCUUUUUUGAUACCUUGUACCAAGCACAGUAUUAUUAAAACUAGUGGAACUAAUAUUUGUACUAUAGUUAGUUCCUCUGUCUGACCGCUCAUGUAAAUUCAAUCUUACAGUAGAAAUGGCAACAUGAAGAUCAACAGCCAGAGGAAUGUCCAACAGCUUCUUGGAAAGUCUUGAAUUUCAAACUUAUUUGUCAAAAGGAUCUUGGCUAUUCCUCAGUUCAAUUACUUCUGGAAAGAUUAUUGCUCUUAUCACAACCCUGCCUAGUGUGGCUGCAUGGAUAUGCAAAGAAAUGGGACUGAGUUGAUGCAUGUCAUGGAAAGGAAUCCAAAUAAAAAAAAAAAGAAUGAAUGUAAACUUGGAGAUCCAGAUUGAAAGGAAGCAGUUAUUGUUAUAAUUGUUCAGAGCGGCAUUUAAAAUAAGAAGCUUAUGCAAAAUGUCUGUUGAAACAUUUCAAACCACUGUGGAUCCAAGGUCACUUUACUGAAAGAGAGGGUCAAUUUGCCAGCGUCACACUCUUUUACUCAUUUUCGCCCACCCCUUUAUUCAUUUUUGAAAAAUCUGAAAUGAGGGAAGAUGGAGCUAUGGUGUUUGUGUUCAGACUGAACUGUUUGUAUAUUCAACAUUUGAAGUAUAUUCUAUUUUGCUGUACUCUUGUUUCAAAGUGUAUUAGAUUUUACUGAAAUAUAAAAAGACAACUGAAACCUGA